AACAUUUCUGAGAAAGAGGCGUGUGUCUUAUGCAUUAUCGUCUGCAAAACACCAUUUUGGACUUCGGCCUUUGAACAGUGGUUGUUAGUUUUCUUUUCUUCCCCAAUUUUGGUGAACAAAAAAAAUUGAAGACUGACCGGAGGAGUAGGCAUGUUUUCCAGCAUGGGGUCUACAAUGAGCAUUCUAGCGAGGAGUGCUACGUGGGAUUUUGCUAUUCAGUGGGGACUUUUCGCCCUCGCUGCCGCACUCAAAACAGAAAAGUUUUACGAUUUAGCAGGUAGUGGUACAUUUCUUCUGCUGACCUACCAGACCCUGAAAUGGGGAGGGACGCAACAUUUUCGUCAGACUGUUCAGAGCGGAAUGGUUGGUGUUUGGGCCCUUAGGCUCGGGAUGUAUUUAUUUUCCCGUAUCAUGGGUGAUGGUGAGGAUCGUCGCUUCAGACAAGCGAAGGAAAACUUGGGUCUUUUCUUCGUCUUCUGGACAGUGCAAGCGAUUUGGGUGUGGAUUACUCUACUUCCCACUCAGAUUCUGAAUGCUGAGAGAAAGGACAAACCUAUUGGAAUGAGAGAUUACAUUGGGUGGGGACUGUUUGUGGUUGGUUUCAUCCUGGAGGCGACGGCAGACUACCAAAAAGCAGCUUUCAGACAAGACCCUAACAAUGUGGGCAAGUUCAUCAACACCGGCCUAUGGAGCGUCAGCCGUCACCCCAACUACCUCGGAGAGAUCCUGAUAUGGUCAGGUCUCUACAUCUCCGCCUCGUCAGUCAUGUCCGGUAAGCAGUAUCUUAGCGUCAUCUCCCCCAUCUUCGUCUACUUCCUCCUGACUCGGGUGAGCGGCAUUCCCCUGCUCGAGAAGUACGGCCUGAAGAAGUGGGGGAGCAACCAUAUGUAUCAGAAUUACCUUCAGAAGACCCCGGUGUUGUGGCCGAAGCUCUGGUAGUGCCUCGAGCUCUGGUAGUGCCCCAAGCUCUGGUAGUGCCCCAAGCUCUGGUAGUGCCCUAAGCUUUGGUAAUGCCUCAAGCUCUGGUAUUGACUCAGAAUUAUCUUCAGAAGGCCCCGGUGUUGUGGCCAAAGCUGUGGUAGUCUCUUUGGAAGGUGUUCAAAAUACUCUCAUUAGCAGGCCUUACACUUCGGUCUUGAAGGGGCAAGGCGAUUUUCUUCUUUUUAGGGGCACUCUAUGAGGAAAAAUUUAAACUUGUUUUGAAACUUGUAAAGGGCACCACAGCAA